AUGCGUACAACCGCCGCCACGAUAGAAUAUCUGCUCCUGUUUUCCAGUAUAUCCAUCGCCACCAUCUCGCCUUCCACGGAACAAAGCACCCGACCUUCGGGCCUUAGAAUCCUUCAGGGAAAUGACGACGGAUGGGCGGAAAGUAAUAUCAGAGCUUUAUAUAAAGUCUUGACGCAACGUGGUCAUCAGACAGCCAUCUCUGCCCCAGUGCGAAACAAGAGCGGGACAGGAUCGAUUUCGACGGAUUGGAAACCGUUAGCGAAGCCAGGGGAGUAUGACUCCGUACCUGUUGGCGCUCCGGGUGUAGCAGAAGACCCUGAGGACCCCCGAAUAUGGUACGUCAACGCUUUCCCCGUCGACGGCAUUCGCUUCGGACUCGAUACUUUAGCACCUCGGCUGUAUAAUCGGAAGCCAGACCUCAUCCUUACUGGUCCAAAUGUCGGGAAAAACACGGGUGUCCAGGAUCCUUUCUCCGGCACACUUGGAGCAGCUGCAUAUGGUUCCAGACAAGGCGUGCCCGCUAUUGCGAUCUCAGCGGAUGACGGCAAUCGACACAGUUACGAAAAUGUCCUACCGGAUGAUCCGAGUGAGAUCUAUGCCAAUGCGACGAUGAGGGUGAUAGACGAGUUGGUCAAGCCGAACACCAUGGAAGGACCCUCUUAUUUACCCGAGGGCUGUGUUCUGAACAUCAAUCUCCAAAAAGCGGGGCCUCAAACAAACUGCAAGAGUGCGAAUGACUACAAGUUCGCCCUCACGACCAUCUUCGGCAUCCAUCAUUCUUCCGGAUUCACACAUUGCGGCUCUCAAGUCCUGCCCGGCGAACAGGCUGUACUUGAGACUCAUCUCGGUUGUUGGGCUUCGGUUACCAUCAUCCAAGCUGGGAAAUUUAUUGACGGAUCUUCAGCCCAAAAGCAAUUCCUCUUGAAUCGGGCUCCCGAGUUCUUUUCCUGCCCAGUUGUCUCCCAAGUUGAAGAAUCAUCUGAAGACCCAAGUAUUAUUGACCAAGGAAUAGACUUAAUUCUCAAAGCCCACCAAAGUCAAAAUCUCAACAUAUAA